GAAGCCAAGUAAGUUUGCUAUAAGAUAUCAUCUAAGUAUUAUACUAAAAGUAAUGUGGACAAUACCAGCUCAUCAGAACAGAAUGAUAGAGGAAGCCAAGAAAGGCAAGUCAUUUGUAAAGUUCGUUAACAUGUUAAUGAAUGAUACAACGUUUUUAUUGGAUGAAAGUUUGGACUGUUUAAAACGUAUUCAUGAAAUUCAAGAGGCAUUAGAAAAUACAGAAGAAUGGGAGAAACAGUCAAGGGAGCAGCAGCAAUCAAGACAACGACAACUAGCUAUGGAUGAGAAACAAUGUCGAUCUUACCUCACCCUGGCCACAGAAACAGUUGAUAUGUUCCACUAUCUUACACAGAAAAUUAUUGGUCCUUUUCUGGAUUCACAUUUAGGGGACAGACUGGCAGCUAUGUUAAACUUUAAUCUUCAACAGCUAUGUGGGUCAAAGUGUAAAAAUUUAAAGGUGAAAAACCCAGAGAAAUAUGGUUGGGAACCUAAAAAACUGCUGGAUAGUUUAACGGAUAUAUAUCUACAUUUAGACUGUGAUGAUUUUGCUAAAACUAUAGCUAAUGACGAGAGGUCCUAUAAAAAGGAAUUGUUUGAUGAUGCAAUAGGUAGAAUGAGACGAGCCAGGAUUAAGACAGAACAAGAGAUUGAUAAAUUCCGUAAACUACAAGAUAAAGUGGAAGAAUUAGUCAGGGAUAAAAACUUAGCAGAAACAGACUAUGGGGAAAUUCCUGAAGAAUUCAAAGAUCCUUUAAUGGACACCUUACUAGAUGACCCUGUGAUAUUACCUAGUGGAACAGUUAUGGAAAAGUCCAUUAUAAUGAGGCAUUUAUUAAACUCACAGACCGACCCAUUCAAUAGACAGCCCCUCACUGAGGAUGAAUUAAAACCAGCUACAGAUCUCAAGAAGAAAAUUCAACAAUGGAAGAUUGAGAAAAGGAAGCGUUAGAAUGAGUGGAAUGUUUGUAAUGGAUGAAUCGUCAUGGAUGAAUCGUCAUGGAUGUUUGUCAGAAAAACUUUUGUCCAUGUAUCUGUGAAAUAUAUGGACUAUCUCAAAGAUUAUACUUUAGUCAUAAUUUACAGCUGUAUGGAGCAUCUCAAAGAUGAUUCUUGACUAAAAUAAUUCAUUUAUUUUGUGACUGUGGAUCAAUUGUAUGACAGGUCAAUUUUCUCUGAUUUGUGAAAACAAUGAGUAUUUAAAACCAUAAUAGUGUAGCUGCAGGCUUAAGCUGGAGUUACUUUUUAUCUUAAGAAGUCAAAAUAUUUAUCUUGGUAGCAUUUAUUUUACUGGAAAAAAGAUUUCAUUUCGCAUAUGAAUUGUCAUAAUGAAAAAAUAUUUCAAAAUUGUUAAUCGGAAUCUAAUUAUUUCUGAUAUGAUUGUCUUAAUAUUAAGUGUAAGAAAAAUAUACAACAGUGUGUAAGGGGCUACAGAAACAGUGAAUGUUAAUAGAACAAUAGAUUUUGGAUCGUUUAUGUAAUUCCGUUAUUUGAAGAUCAGAUUGAUAAUGUUUUAAAUGAUCCUUAACAUGUAGAUGUUAUUUAUUGAAGAGAACAUUGGAGCUAUAAAAUAGCUAUUGUUUGUAUUAAUCUCUUAGUUUGUUCACCUUUCUUUGACUCAUAAUUACAUUAUGGGUGUCAUUGUACAAUCUGGUUUACAGUUGUUAAGCUAUAUUUAAUUAAUAAGAUAUGAAUCAUUUAAAAGAUUUUUGUGUGCAAUUAAGAAAUAAACAUGCUUUUCCAUGGAUUAGGGCAUUUGUAGAUUUCCUAGCGAAAAGUAUGAAGCCUUUGAAGUAAACAAUUUCAAAACCUAUUUCCUCUUGUUCAAUUAACCUGGCAACACUGAGGUUGUGAGUUCAAACCAUGAUCAUGGCUAAAUGUGAUAGAGAGGUCUUGAUUGACUAAGAGCCAGUGAGUUAAAUAUAAAUACCUAUAUUUUUCAUUAAAACAUCCGUUUAAAAGAUGAGAAUUCCUCAUUUAAGAAUGUACUUAUAAAAUGUACAAAUAAUUAUGUCUUGGAUUAUUGACAUUGGGCAUACAACAGUUGUGAUGUCAUGCUCUGUUCUCAUACAGGACGAGAAUAGGAAGGGAAUCCAAUACUGAAUUGUUCUCAAUUUAUAAAGAGUGAUAUUUAUAAAUAUCUCUUGGACUACUUAUUCUCAUUUGAGACCAAGAAGGGCCUGCAUUUUCCAAUAAGAAAAUCUUAAGAGCACAAUAAUUAUAGAUAAGAAUUACAUUAUGAUCAUUCUAUUUUGCUGUUUUGUGAUACAAACUUAAAGGAGUGUUUAUAAAGGCAUUUUAAUGUAUAUGAAUGAAUGUGGAAUAGAUUUGUGUGAAUAUGUGUGUUAAUAUGCUCAGUUUUGGUUUCCUUUUUCUUUAUUGCAUAGAAAUUGUAAAAGUUUGAUACUAUAUAUAUACAUCUGGUCAAUAUGUUGGUGUUAUUAAAAUAAAAUAUACAGGAGUGAAAGAAAAUAAGGAUAACUAUUCUGCCAUUGUUUGUACAUUAUAACAUUAACCAGUGCACACAAUCACUUGUUGAUCAAGUGGUAUACAUAGUGGCAUACAUAGUGGCAUUGGUGGCAUUAAAGUCCAAUACUACAAGCUAGGAGAAAUCAUUUUUUCACUGAAUCUACUGGCAAACUUUAACAAUUUCGUUUUGAUCAAACAAAAAAUAUGGCACAAAAGUAUAUUUUGAAUUAGAUUGCCCAAUUUAAAAGCUAUCCUUUGAAUUAAGAGAACGACAUACAUUGAAAGUCUUUUGGGAUUGAUAGAAAUAUUUACAUAUGAUCUUCAUUGAAUGUUUGGCGGUUUUAGAUAUAAUAUAUUUGUUCUCAAUCAAACCUGAAAAAAAUAUAUUUUCACCAUCACUUAAAUUGCUUGUUUUAAGUCUCAACCAGAAAUGACAGGAAUGGUGCAUAGACUGUCAUCUUUAAGCAAUAAAGUAAUGAAAGCAAAAAUGGUUCUCCCGUAAUAAUUUACAGAAUUUCAAGUCUCUUUAAUUAGAUGUGUACACAUCUUUGUGAUUUACUUCAUUAUAUGAAUUAAAACUAUGUACCAGCAACAGUGAUGUAUGACCUAAUAAAAUAUUACAGUUUCUU